GAUAUGCGCAUGCUCAGUACAAGUGAGUUUCUGAGACUCCACGUCGGAACGCGAGCAAGAUUUGACCAAUCAGGAGCGGCCACACUGUUUGUUUGGAAACAACAUUUUGUCUCGGCGCAGUUUCGACAGCAUAUUAUGAACAGCGCCUUUGUAACAGGCUAGCUGUUUCGAUCUUGACGUAAAAAAUAUCUCCUUGGUUCAUUUUUGAUGACCGUAAAACUGAUUUUUUGCACAUACUGUGCUGCGAGAUAGAGUUAUCACCGAAACGUGACACCAAACGCGAGAAGUGAAAAAAUGGACAUGGAGGGCUCUCGGCCGAAGACCAUCGCGAUUCUCAUCAAAACACCCACCCAGGCCGUGGAGGACCAAACAAUCGAAGGAGUCCAUCUGAACUGGACGGUGAAAGACCUCAAGACACAUCUGUCGGCAGUCUAUCCAACUAAACUGGCUGAGAGCGACCAGAGGCUCAUCUAUGCUGGCAAACUUCUACCUGACCAUCUUCACAUUAGAGACCUCUUCAAACAGACAGAUACCAUUCCCACACUGCAUCUAGUCUUUGCUGUUAAAAUGCAACCCAACGCACAUCUGGGAGCAAGACCAAAGGUGAAGGAACCAGGCCAGCCUCAUCCCUCUAGUCCCAGGCCAGCCCCUUCCUCUCCCUCAUCCAGUAGCACAGCCGAGCUGAGACAGAGGAGGCAGACGUCUUCAACUUCAGCCGCCACUCCAGUCAACACGCACAUGCCGGCUUCACCCGCAGGAGUUCCUGCAUGGCCCGGUGCUAACGGGACCGGAACACCCGAAAUGGCUCAACCAGCAUUUCCAGCCUACUCUCUGUACAGCCCCCAACAACUUCUGUGGCUUCAACAUGUCUAUGCUCGACAGUAUUACAUGCAAUAUCAAGCAGCCAUGGUAGCAGCUGGCACCGGUCCCUCCAUAGCCCCUGCAACUGUUGGCCACCACCCACCCGUACCCGCCCACCAGGUACCGGUGCCGGCACCCAUCGCCAAUCAGAACCCCAUUGACAACCUGCAACCAGCAAACCAGAACCCUGCGCCGGAUGGUGCGUUCAUUGACCCAGGCGUUGCCAAUCAGAACAUGCAAAUGAACGCUCAAGGGGGACCCGUAAUGGAGGAUGAGGAAGACAUGGAGCGAGACUGGUUGGACUGGUUAUACUCGGCGGCGAGGCUUGGUGUUCUACUCAUGAUUGUGUACUUCAACUCCAACCUGAGUCGCUUCCUUCUGGUGAUGGGCACCCUCUUCCUCAUGUACCUUCAUACCACAGGAUGGUUCAUCCUUAGAAGACGACAGCCGUUCCAAGAAGAACCCAACCGCCCGCAGCCCCCCGAAGUCCAGCACAACCAGGAGAAUGAGAACAGAAUCCCAAAUCCUGACGCUGAGCCUGCUGAAGAACAGAGGGAAGUUUCUGCUGAAGCUGACGAUUCAGAUGGACGUGAGCCAAUGCUGGCCGUGGUGGUGCCUCCGCACAGGGUGUCCGUCAUGUGGACAGCCUGGGUCUUUUUCAAAACCUUCUUCUCCUCGCUCAUACCUGAGGCUCCUCGGGGUCUUGCCAACUGACCUGCUCGGACAGACCAUCCCCAAGCUACUUGAGGCGCAGUUUGCCAUGGAGUUGUUCUUAUUCACAGUGGAAGCAAAACUUCCAAGGUGACCAAAAAAUUACCGCAUCUCGCUGGUGUGAGGGACUGGGGCCGGCCCAGUGGGCAGGAGCAGUUCUGUAGCUCUCUAAUAAAGGACAAGAAUUGAAAUUUAAAACCUAACCAAAAUCCUGCCGUACAAAAUGACAUUUAUGUUGCUAAAUAAAUACGUCGAUGAAUAUGAGGUGGGGGAGGCUGUCAACUGAUUGUCUGACUUGUUGCCUCAAGGGCGCUUGUGAAGCUCCGAGCUGAUGAAUGAUUUGGCCCGUGCAGAGUUUAAUGCCUGUUAGCCUCUACAUCCCAAAAAUAGACCCAAUGUGUCAAAGUUAGAUGGUUUAGAAAACCAAGCUUCACCUUUUAUUUCAUGUACUUUUGCUGCAUGUUAAAAUAAGUGAAUGGGAUUACGCCGUUUCUCAUGUGUAAAGCAGAAAAAUAAGGUUUUGGGUGGGGUACAUGUUCAUUUUAGAACCUUGUUCAGCAAUGACAGCCAAGAAGUUUAAAGUGACAGUUAAAACGACUGACUGGAUACAUACAGUAUACAUUGCUAUGCAUAAAUUAAUUUU